UUGAUGUGUUCCCAAUGUUCAUAAAUCCACUCAAAAGCGGAUUUGAGAUGCAUUCAACUCGCAUAGGUGUAUAAUUUUAAAAACCGAAAGAACUGCAAAUGCUGUAAAUCAGGAACAAAAACAGAAGUUGCUGGAAAAGCUCAGCAGGUCUGGCAGCAUUUAUGAAGAAAAAAAAUCGGAGUUAACGUUACGGGUCUGGUAACCCUUCCUCAGAACUGGGUCGGUGUAUAAUUUGCAGCGCUUGGCUUGGGUAAACACUGUUCAAUUGAGAAUAGGGUAGUGGUACAGUAAGAUACUGCACAUUUUUUCCCCUUACUUUCGGAGGUAUUUUUGAAUGUACGACCGUGAAGGGUAUUAAGAUUUCCUCGUCUGCAUCUGCGAACGACUUAGAAUCUGUGAUACAAACAUUUGAAAAUGCAAGCAUUAUCGAGAAAGGAAUGAAUGUAUGAGCAUCACCGAAAAAGCAGAAUUGAGUAGCGCUAUUCCGCCAUUGGAUUUUUAAGGCUUUCAGAUGUCGAUUGAACUGCAAUGCACGUAAGCGGGGAUCGGAAGGUACAAACAUCUGAAACCUGUGUUUCAACAAUGGAUAUUGCUUCUGGAUUUCUAUGAUGGCCGAAUGGAUUUUAUUGGACACCGCGGAAAUAUUUUGAGGGGAGAGUUAACGCAUAGGCGGAUGAGCGCAAAGUGUCCGGAGAAAAAAAUUGAAAGGCCACAAAUAUCUUGAUGCGCAUAAUUGAAAGGAAAUCUGCCGUGGUCAAUCAGUUUCUUCAUGUUGGCACAAAAAAGAAAUUUUAUGAUGUUGACUGAAAAAUAGCAACCGUUGUCAACUAUGAAUUCCAUACGGGAGUUUUGCUGAUUUCAGAAGCUUCUGCGAUUUGCCUUAGGACUCUGUACAAACGUCUUUGAGCUUUCUGAGAUUUCAACCAAAUACCAAACAGGAUUUCUGUAUUUCUCGAUACACAUUGUGGAAAAUGUCACUUCACCAGGAGAGGCAACCAUGGCUCAUUUGCAUAUUUAAAAGGGUGAUGGCUCAUACAGUGCGAAUGGGAUUUGAUAUAACCUUCCUUCUUUGGAUUCUUGGAUUUGCGUGGAAGGGCAACCUGGUGCUCUGCCAGAAAUUAGAUGACACUUACCCAGUUGUGAACACCAAUUAUGGCAGACUGAGGGGGAUUAAAAAAGAAUUGAGUAAUGAAAUCUUGGGCCCAGUAAUCCAGUAUCUAGGUGUACCAUAUGCUGCUUCACCGACGGGAGAUCGUCGCUUCCAACCCCCUGAACCUCCCUCCUCUUGGUCAGAAAUCCGAAAUGCCACCCAUUUUGCACCAGUCUGUCCCCAGAAUAUACAUGGUAUGUUACCAGAUGUUAUGCUUCCAGUGUGGUUUACUGCCAACUUGGAAGUAAUUGCCUCUUACGUCCAAGAACAGAAUGAAGAUUGCCUCUUUCUAAACAUAUAUGUGCCUACUGAAGAUGUAAAAAGAAUAUCGAAGGAAUGUGCCAGAAAACCCGGCAAGAAAAUAUGUAGAAAAGGAGGUCCCCUUGCAAAGAAACAGGCUGAUGAUUUAGGUGAUAAUGAUGGCGCAGAAGAUGAAGAUAUUCGAGAUAGUGGACCUAAACCUGUUAUGGUCUUUAUCCAUGGUGGAUCAUAUAUGGAGGGCACUGGAAAUAUACUUGAUGGAAGUGUACUGGCAAGUUAUGGCAAUGUCAUAGUCAUCACUGUCAACUACCGGCUUGGUGUUUUAGGAUUUUUAAGCACUGGUGACCAAGCUGCUAAAGGAAAUUAUGGGCUUCUUGAUCAAAUACAAGCAUUACGCUGGAUUAGUGAAAAUAUUGCUUUCUUCAGUGGAGAUCCAUUACGAAUAACUGUUUUUGGAUCAGGCGCUGGUGCCUCUUGUGUCAAUCUGUUGACUUUAUCCCAUUAUUCUGAAGGUAACCGUUGGAGCAAUUCAACCAAAGGACUUUUUCAGAGAGCAAUAGCACAAAGUGGUACCGCUUUGUCCAGCUGGGCAGUCAGCUAUCAGCCAGCAAAGUUCGCAAGGCAGUUAGCCACUAAAGUUGGCUGCAACAUGAUAGAUACCAUUGACUUGAUAGAAUGCUUACGUACUAAACAGUACAAAGAACUUGUUGAACAAGACAUCCAGCCUGCAAGAUACCACAUUGCCUUUGGACCAGUCAUUGACGGAGAUGUUAUACCUGAUGAUCCUCAAAUUCUAAUGGAACAGGGUGAAUUCCUUAACUAUGACAUAAUGCUAGGAGUAAAUCAAGGUGAGGGAUAUAAAUUUGUCGAAAGCAUAGUGGACAAUGAGGAUGGAGUUUCAGCCAGUGAUUUUGACUUUGCUGUGUCUAAUUUUGUGGAUAACUUGUAUGGUUAUCCUGAAGGAAAAGAUGUCCUGAGAGAGACCAUUAAAUUCAUGUACACAGAUUGGGCAGACCGGCAUAAUCCAGAAACACGGAGGAAAACAUUGCUGGCUUUGUUUACUGACCAUCAGUGGGUGGCACCAGCAGUGGCUACAGCUGAUCUUCACUCAGGCUUUGGUUCACCUACUUUCUUCUAUGCCUUUUAUCAUCACUGCCAGAGUGACAUGAUGCCAGCUUGGGCUGAUGCUUCUCAUGGAGAUGAAAUCCCUUAUGUGUUUGGGAUCCCGAUGAUUGGUGCUACUGAAUUGUUCCCUUGUAAUUUCUCCAAAAAUGAUGUCAUGCUAAGCGCCGUUGUGAUGACAUACUGGACUAACUUUGCAAAAACAGGAGACCCAAAUCAACCUGUUCCUCAGGAUACUAAAUUUAUCCACACGAAGCCGAACCGUUUUGAAGAGGUUGCCUGGUCAAGGUAUUCUCAGAAAGAUCAACUUUAUCUUCACAUUGGACUGAAACCACGAGUUAAAGAGCAUUACAGAGCUAAUAAAGUCAAUUUGUGGUUGGAGUUGGUUCCUCACUUGCAUAGUCUGAAUGACAUUUCUCAGUACACUUCAACAACAACAAAAGUCCCUUCAGAAAUUACGCACAGACCAUCAAAGAAGUGGUCUGUUACUACCAAGCGUCCUGUGACAUCAGUCUUUCCUACUGUCAAACAGGAUGACCAGAAGCAUUCAGCUGGUCCUUUCUUGGUUGAUCAAAGAGACUAUUCAACAGAGUUAAGUGUUACAAUUGCAGUUGGAGCCUCCUUAUUAUUUUUGAACAUCCUCGCCUUUGCAGCAUUGUAUUAUAAGAAGGAUAAGAGGAGGCAUGAUGUGCACAGAAGAUGCAGCCCUCAACGUAACACUACCAAUGACCUGACUCAUGCACAAGAAGAAGAGAUUAUGUCGCUACAGAUGAAGCACACAGAUCUUGAUCAUGAAUGUGAUUCUAUCCAUCCACAUGAGGUUGUUCUGCGGACAGCCUGUCCUCCGGAUUAUACUUUAGCAAUGAGGCGAUCUCCAGAUGAUAUACCUUUAAUGACCCCCAACACCAUUACAAUGAUUCCAAAUACCAUACCUGGAAUGCAGCCUCUGCAUACAUUCAACACAUUUACUGGAGGACAAAACAACACCCUUCCACAUCCUCAUCCCCAUUCACAUUCAACAACCAGGGUAUAGCCAGGCAAAGAUUUUAAGAAAAUCAGAAAUUAAACAGAUAUGAGAUUGCUAGUAAAGAUCAUAUUUAAAUUGGUGUUCAUGGUGCAUGACCAUUACUAAACAAUAGAGAAAACAAUCUGUUGGAAAUUGUAUCCAAUAUCGUUGGGCAUAUUCCUGAGAGGCAAGUAAGUUCAGAAAUAUCUGAUCAAUUUAAAACAAAAAUUCUCAUAAAUGGCAAUCUUUCACAAUUCUGUUGGAAAUUGAGGAGUAUUUUUCUCUGAAGACUUGGAACUACAUGUUAAGCUUUGGUGCCAAAAGCAAUGUUGUACCAUUAGGCAUGUGUGAUACAAAUGAAGAAAGAUUUAACUAACAAACAAACAUGAAGCCUACACAAAUGCACAAGGAUCAGAUUCGUAAGAUGACACAAAUUCUGUUUAUUUUAUUUUUGGAUCAAUGCCAUUGUACAAAUUUACGUAUGAAUGUACAUGAAGUACAUACAAUUAAGUUUUGGGUAGAGUAUUCAUGCACAAGGAUUUUACUGCUCUCUUUCAGUGAGACAGAAGAAUAAACCAGUUACUGCCAUGAACAAUUGCAGUUGGAGCCUCAAUUAUCGACGCAGUUUUGGCAAACAUGGGAACAGGACAUUUUUAGCACGAUACGCAUGAUUAUUUAUCUGCUUGGUGACUGUGCUGCUCAAUAAGCUGUGAUAAGAACAUACCUUGCAUCCCCAUUCAAGUUCCUGUUAAAAAAACACUUGCUUCAUCAAACUGCACAAACUGAGGAAGAAUUUGAUGCAAAUCCAAUAUGAUAAGCUCUCAGUAGUUUUAAUGAAAAAGAUCAAAGAAAGUAGUUUUGUAUAAAUGUGUGCUAGAAUAAAUGUUAAAGUGAACAUUCACAAUCAUAAGUUCUAGAAAAGGGAAUUUUCAGUGUUGUAAUUUUUUUCAUCAAAUUCCUUUCCCUUCCAACUUUAUUUAGUGUCAAUUUAUGAGACAGGUCAUGCAGUAAGGGAAGUCUGGUUUGCUGUAAUUUAUCUAUAGAUAUUUUUGAAGUUGUUUACAAGAGUAUGUUUGCCCUAUAACUUUGUGCAGAGGCUGAUGAGGAAAUAGACCAUACGCCAAUGUAAGUGGAAGUUACAAUAAAUGCUGAUUCAGUAUUAGUUUUAUUAAUGGACAAUUUGUUAGGAUUUUAUAAGACUGUAUAUGCAGUGAGAAUGACAUUUGUCUUUCUAAUAAUUCAGAACUAUAAAGGUGAGAUCAGUCAUGCUGUACUAAUAUAAGAUAUAUGGAAAAAUGGCAGAAAAUUAUUAUUGCUAAUCAUUCUUGUUUCUAUUAGCUACGUGAAUAGAAAGUUUACAACUUGCUCAAUAUAAUGUUACCAUGUAGCAUUGAUUGGAUGUAAUACCACUGCCACUUUUUAAGAGGAUAUUAAUGUUGCCAGAAGUACUUUCACCAAAUUAUAUUUUAUUUUUUGUGGUAUGAAUAGCUUACAACAUUUUCUUUAUUUGUUGUGCAUGCCUAAAAGUUCUUUUAUUUAAUUGAAAGCAUGUUACCACAACAUUUAUUUUUGUCACUUCUUGAAUAUUAGUUGCUGGCGUUGUUGUCAUACCAACCAUUUAAAUACCUGUCUGAUCAUCUGCUCCAUACUUACAAUCAGGGUGUAUUAGGUACUAUAUGAUUCACUCUAAAUCAUAUAAAUGUCAAAGAGACAAAUUAAAAUCAAUAAUUUAGUGUCACAUACAUAUUUACUGUUCACUUAAAGUAUUUUCUAGUAACUGCAAGAAUCAGGACUGAUUUAGAAGUGUUUUUUUCUCUUAAUAAAAGUUUUUCAAGAAUAGUGGGAAUAAAGAAGUAAUUGGAAAAAACUCCAAACAGGCUUGGGAUUUGUGAGGCAAUUUGUAAAGGGAAGAGAUAACACUCACUAAUUGCUUAAUUCGAUAAUAAAAAUUAAAGGUUUCUGACUUUAAUGGGUUCUCUGAAGUCUUAACACAGUUAAUUAACUCACAUAAUGGGUUGUGACAUGAAAAGCGAUUGUUUAAUGUUAUCAUCCAUUCUUUUAAAAAAUGGUGACCUUUGACAUUGGACAUUAUUUUUGAAGAAGUUCCCUUUUAGUAACCACACGCUUUGGUAAUAUGAAAUUUAUUUAAAAUCAGCAGUUGGAAAUUUGCCUUCUGUAAUAUUAUAUGAUGUGUUUCUGUAAGUUGAUUACCUGGAACUGCUGUAAUUUUACAGCCAAUAGCUUUGUUGUGUUGAACAUCAAAAAGGUAGAUUUCAAAAACUAUUCAGUAGUGGAACAAUAGAAACUCUAAACACUCUGUGGUAAACACCUUUUUUUAAUAUUUUGUUCAUGAAAAGCUUGCUCUGGGGCUCCUUGAGAAGAAACAGAACUGUAUGAAAAUUUUGUAAAUACUAGAAGAUGAGCGCUGUGUUCAGACAGCUCUCAGUGAUGUUAACUGUAAAAUGUAUGUAGAAGGUUGAAAGAUGUUCAUAGUUGAAGGCAUGCAGUAUAGCACGAAUUGAAAUUCCCUUUCCUUUUAGUAGGGAUGUGCUAUUUAUAAAAUCAUACAAUAAUGAAAGCUCUUGGGAGAAGGUUUAGAAUCUGAAUGAAUGCUUGCAUCUAAUUAAACUUUUUCCUGCAAUAUUGAGAUUUUACCAUUUAUGUUGAUUUAGAAUUUCUUUUGCGUUAAAAUUAUAAAGUAUUAGCAAAAACUCAGACUGAACUUCUGACAUAUUUCAGCUUUAAUGUUGUGAGAAGAUGGUUACUGAAAUCUGUUGUGUGUAUUUCACAUGAAUAUUGUGACACAAUUAGGGAAAUUAAAAUAAUAAGAUGAUCAAAAGUGCCCUGACACUUCUUGUUGCUUGUAAAUUGUUUCUCCUGUGCUGAUUGUAUCAGGCAUUUUGGCUUUUUCAUUUUCCAGUGAUAAGUUGUAUUUGAAUAUUGCUACUUAUUGUAAGUGGCAUUAGAUAAGUUAACUAAGUGGUUCUUCUUAUGGAACAUUCACCAAAAAUAUUUGAUUAUUAAAAUGCACAAUAAUCAUUUGUUUAGGAUCUUUUCACAGCCAGAGUUCAUAGCAUAAUGCAUAGUCUGCAAGUAUUUGGCAUUACACAUUUAAUGAUUUUGUCAUUUGUAUUUAUCAAACAUAUUCCUGCCAUUUGGCACAAGCAGGUGCAACCAUUUCAUUUUGUUUGUAAAGGCUUGAAAACUUCAAGUGACUAUAAGAAUUGUGUUUAAACAUCCAUGACUUUCGAGAUUUUUUUAAUAUCAUUAAUAAAUAUUGGCAUAUUUUUAACUGGUCUAGGCUGGUCCUCAAUGUUCAUUAGUCACUUGUUACAUUGUGACUGAUACCACUGUUUUGUCAUCGGUAUUUAAUAUUACUAAAAUAAACACUAAAAUCUUAUUUACAAUGUUUUAAUGUUAAAAUGUCUUAAUUUUCUACUUAGGACGUGAUAUAUUUGUCCAAAAUUCUCCCUGCCCUUUACAAAGAUGGUGACUUCGGCAGGAGUAUUGUUCAACAGAUGCCUGCAGCCUUCUGGUAUUUCGCCAAAGUGGGACAUCUUUUCACAUGCAAGUCCAAAUAGCAAGUUUCAGCAGGGUAUAUGACAAUGGUACAGUUUCUUGAUCUCAUUAGAAUGCCAGAAGUCACUGGAUAGCUAGAAAGAACAGGGACUCGGUUUUAUUUUGCAACACUCACACUGUGGCCCGUUCAGUUUGAAGGAUCAAAACCAUGAACUUCCUGUUCUGGACGGUUCACCAUUAUACAAGCACAAUCCAUAACAGGACCUCAGAAUUAUUGGAUUGCUAUUAUCUUAGAGUUAUUAUUGUGUAGGAACUGUAAAAUUGAUAGCUGGAAUCCUGCUCACUUAUAUCCAUAGUUUAGAAUUGAAUUCUUCCCAGACUGUCAUGAUCAAGGUCAGUUAUUAUAUCUGUCUCUGUCUCUACACACAUUAAAGUGGAAUUAGUUUUGGGCAGUCUCAAAUUGUUUGAUUUUGGGCGCUGACCUGUGGACUGACUGCCAGUAGUACUCAGAUAGUCUAUAGAGGAUUGACGUUGGAGAAAUUGAGAAAAAUUAUAUGAGUAGUCUUCUGAGGUAGGGUUAAAAUACACUGUUGGAGCAGUGUAUCAGUAAAUCCAUUCUAAACCUAAUCUCAAGCUUUGCUGGGGAUGUAAAAUAGAUAGUUUCAAUUUCAACGUAACUUCUACACCCUGACUGAUAUCCUUUUGCAUUGAAGAUGAUUGAUUAUUUGCCCGUUGUAUGUAUAUCUGAUCUGAAGGGUUUGCUGAAACUGGAUCCAAACAAUAAAUAGGAAUUGCAAAAAAACCUCAACCCCAGAAUCAACAUGUCUCUUUAAGAGCACAUUAUAAACCUAAAAUAUUUUUACAAAACAAAAUGUUAUUGUGUAGUCAGUGGUCCGACAUAUUGAUGUCUUUGCUGAUGCUGCCAAGCCUGAUGUCAGUUAUACUGUCAGUUUGCAGUGUUUAUAUCUGUAUAUAGUUUUAUUAUUGUACAAAUAAAAUUUAUAAAAACAAUAA